AUGAGAGAGAAGACAAAUACAGGCUUAUACAAAUGGGAUGAUCUUGUUGACAAGGUACAGGCUAGCGAUGAGGAACUGAGGUCUGGACAACUAGCCCUUUUAGCUGUUGAAAUUGAUGGAUGUUGGCGCAUUUUGGAUGACGAAUACAUGGAUAUGAUUCUGAACAUGCUUCUGCAUGAUGUAAUAUUGAAUGAUUGGUCCUUUAAUGCACUCAAUGAAGAUGAAGUUCUGGGAGCAUUAGAAACAGAUGGGUUUCCACGAUAUAGUGCAUUGCUUGAAAGUCUAUGCCGUUACACCACCAAAGUCGCCGAAAAGUUGCAGCAUCUGUCGGAUAAUUAUGACGCUGAGCUCUUGUAUUCUCCCGCCAGCACAAAAACCUCAAUUCUAUCAACAAAGGAGAAAGAUCAUCAUUUUAUGGAUAAGAAAGAAGUCUGCAAGGAGGUUUCUGAAGAUGUGACUCGCGAGUCAUUGAUUGCCAUCUCUUAUCGAUUACCGGAGAAAGAGCUCAUCAGUGAACAGUCACCAAAAAAAUUGGACAAUGAGAAAGUUGUCCAACCUCUCAAACACGAUGGUGACGAGAAAUAUAGGUCUAAGCUGAUGUCAAUAUCCAACUCACAGUCACCAGACAUGAAAAUCCUACCUGGGCAAAUUGAUGGUUAG